UCUGUCUCGGAGUGUGUGUGUGUGUAUGUGUGUGCGUUUACGCGACUGAUUGUGUGCACGCGUAUAUGUGAGAGAGAGAGUGAGUGAGUGGAUAGGCCUUGGUGACAUCACUAUCAGGGAGGAUCCAAACAGACAGGAAAGUCAAUUAAAGCUAAACUGAGUUUACCAGCUGGGUCUUCAGCACACCGUGAGAGAGAGAGAGAGAGAGAGAGAGAGAGAGAGGAAAAAGGGGGAGGAGAUAAAAAGACAGGGCGCAAGAGAAGAACAGAAGAAGAGAGGUACAGAAAGAGUAAGCUGGAGGGUUUUGCAGGUUAGGGAAAAAAAAGUUUGAACUCGUUGUUGUUUCUUCUUCCUGGGAGAGCUUUUGCUCUCUGGUCUGAACAAAGAGGCAGAGUCUCAUGGCAUAGAGAGCGAGCUGACGAGAGACAGACCACGGAAGGGAAGUUGCAGGACAUUUUUUUUUUUAUGGACAGAGAGCUGAACUUACAACAGGAUGACGGGGUGAGAGGGGAACCGGGUGUUGGGAGAGACAGAGAGAGGAAGGGAAGCCUCGGCUAACAGAGAGAUAAACAGAGAGAGAGAGAGGGAGGGAGGGAGGGAGGGAGAGGGUGAGAGAGAUAGGGAGGGAAGAUUGUUUCGAUCCACAGUGACUGCGCUGCCUUGGGGGGAGAGAGCCAAGGGUCCGUUACUCUGGAGCUGAGGGAUAAACCAUGGACUCUGAACAUCGGCCGCUCCACCUGGACUUACACAAUGUUCCCUGCUAACCUUCUGAUCCUGAUGGUCCUGCUGCUACCUCAAAUCCCGUCAGGUCACCAGGGGGGCCCGCCACCACCCCCUCUGCAGCCCGGCCUGGCCCAGUCCAUCCAGAACCUCCUGCUGACCCGACUGGGCCUGCGGUCCCGGCCGACGCCCCGCCCCGGCACCCACGUACCCCAGUACCUGCUGGACCUGUACCGCUUCCACUCCCAGCAGUACCACCUGGUCCAGGACCCGCUGUUCACCUUCCCUGAGCGACAUGUGCAGGGCGCCAACACCGUGCGAAGCUUUCACCACCUGGAUGCAGAAGGUCCCUCCCCCCUCCCCCACAGCGAGUCGGGGACAGUCGACCGUGUCCACAUCUUCUUCAACGUGUCCUCCAUCCCCAAGGAUGAGCGUGUCACCUCCGCCGAGCUCCGCCUCCAGCGGCGAGGGGCGGGCCGGGAGGCCGGCGCGCACAGAGUCGACCUGUACGUCACCGGGGACCGUGGUGACGGCGCUCCCCUGCUGAUGGAGUCCCGCGUCCUCGCAGAGGCGGACGAGGACGAGGCCUCUGAGUCCUGGGAGAGCUUCGGGCUGACCUCUGACCUGUUGGAGCGAGCCGCCGGCCAGGCGGACCACCUGGGCUUCCUGCUGGAAAUCACCCCCCUCAACGCCACUCUCUUCCGCGGGGUCAGAGGUCAAGGUCAAGGGGAACGGCUGAGGGUGCGCCGCUCCACCGGGCAGAAGGAGCACAGCUGGGCGCGAGAGAGACCCCUGCUGGUGACGUACAGCCACGACGGGCGCGGGCAGCCGCUGGCCCCGCCCCCGGGCCGCCUGGAGAGGGCCUUCCCGGCUGAGCGGCUGAGGAAGAGGAGGAGGUUGAGCACGAGCCGGGAAAUGGGCCGACGGGGGCGGGGCAGGGUCCAGAGCAGGGUGAGGCGGAACGGCGGCCUUGCGGCGAAGCUGAGGCGCCUCUCGCGGGCCCGCUGCCGCCGCCACCCGCUCUACGUGGACUUCAACGACGUGGGCUGGAACAAAUGGAUCGUGGCGCCCAGCGGCUACCAUGCCUUUUUCUGCCUGGGGGAGUGCCGGUUCCCCCUGGCCGACCACAUGAACUCGUCCAGCCACGCCAUGGUGCAGACGCUGGUCAACUCGGUCAACGGCGCCGUGCCCAGGGCCUGCUGCGUGCCCACCGCCCUCAGCCCCAUCGCCAUGCUCUACCUGGACCAGCACGACCGCGUCGUCCUCAAGAACUACGAGGACAUGGUGGUGGAAGGCUGCGGUUGCCGGUAGCAACUGCAGAGAGCGAGGUUUUGGUGGGGAGGGGGGUGGCACUCUCUCUCCAUCUGUGAUCGCGAGGAAUGCCUUCCCACAAUCGCCCGCUCCGGAGCAUCCCCUCCCCCUCCCCCUCCCCCUCCCCUUCCCCUGCAGGUGUCCUGCAUGACUCACCCUGAUGUGGGAGUGGCUGUAGUCACGGGCUGUAUCUUGUGUUGUGCUUUGUUUAGCGUCCUGUACAAACGGUAACCCUGUCUCGCUCUGUGUGUGUGUGUGUGAGUGUGUGUCCCUGUGUGUCCGUGCAGCCUCGUCGUUACCCUGCGAUUUCCUGUGAGUCAUCCUCCCAAACCUCAUCGCACAGCCGCUCGCGGUCGACUCGGUUUAAGAGACGUGAGUGGACGCAAAACACUCCUCUUUCAGGGACGGCCCAAACUGAUGGGUAUCGCUGCGGGAUGUGCCCAUCUCACACCACCACCUCAAGCAGCUUCUGGCUCGUCUGACAUUUUUUUUUGUCAUUGUGGUUCCCAUUUCAGUGGGCGGUGGUAGAACUCUCAACAGAUCACAUGACCGGAUGAACUGAGCAUGAACCUGAUCUGAUGACGAGGACUGCCUGUGUCGUCUGCAUCGGAGCUAUCUGCUACAGCAUAUUUAUAACAGUGUUAAUAAUAAUAAUGAACGAAAAUGAUAUGGAUUGAAUUGUGUUACUAUUUAAAGAGACAUUUUAUUUCAUAUUUCUUUUUCUGGCGCAGAGAAAACUCAUAACAGCUUAUGGCAACAGAGACGUCCUUAUUGAAGUCGUUGAGUAAAUGUUUUUUAAAUAGCUGUCAUUUAAACACACAACCCAUUUAAAUAUUUAAUGAGUAAAUAUGAACAGAAAAUGAAAUAUUGAGGAUCCUUUAAUAUUAACGUUGACCCAACUCCAUGACCAAAAGUGGCAGAAACACACUGCUUGGUGGCUUGCUUGUUUUUUUUGUUUUUUUUGUCUGUUGUUGAAUGUUAAAAUAGUCUUUGUUGGUGCGUCAGUGUCAAAAAAUGGUCAAGAUUGGAGUUCAGCUGAUAAUUUGAUUCGUUAGGUUUUUGAUCAGGGUUUUAUAAGACUUUACAAACAUGGCUUGACCUGUCUUGAAGUAAUAGGUGUGUGUGCACAUGAUGUCUCAUCAGCACCGGCAGAAUCGCAUCAAAUGUGGCCGUUUCCAUGUCAUUUGUGGCUUUUCUGAUACAUGUUAUUCUUGUGGGCUCUAUAACAAUUUCAGGCUGACAUCUCUGAUUGUUUCCCAACUGCCUGCUUUCUUCAGAUAAUCGCAAAAGCAAAGAUCUCAAUGUACUCAAUGCCUGUGUCACAUGGAUGUACAAGAUACCCCCUUAACGGAAUAUAUCUUCACCUGUCACCAAAUAGCUGUUAUUCCAAAUGGCUGCAUUUAUCCAAUUAUACUGUAAACAGCUGUACAAAGUGUGACAUCGCUUGAAGACAAGCUGGUAUACGUAAUAAAACCCAAGCAGAGAAUGAACACUGCCAAAUCCACCUAA